AAGGCCUCUCGUGUAAUUAUUGAGAAAUAUUGCACCAAGCUGACCAAAGACUUCCACACAAACAAGCGGGUGUGUGAGGAGAUUGCAAUCAUCCCUAGCAAGAAGCUGAGGAACAAGAUUGCUGGCUUUGUUACACAUUUGAUGAAGAGGAUUCAAAAGGGACCAGUAAGGAAUAUCUCCAUUAAACUUCAGGAGGAAGAGAGGGAGAGGAGAGAUAACUAUGUACCAGAGGUUUCUGCUCUUGAGCUAGACAUUAUUGAAAUUGAUCCAGACACCAAAGAGAUGUUGGAGGCACAGGACUUUGGCACAGAACACAA